AUGCUUUUAACCGAGGUUUAUAUUGAUACGGUCGGAGAUCCAGGGAAAUAUGAGGCAAAAAUGUCUAAAAAUUUCCCAUCUAUCAAAUUUGUGGUUGCUAAGAAAGCUGAUAGUCUUUAUCCUGUUGUCAGUGGUGCAAGUAUAGCUGCAAAGGUUACGAGGGACCGAGCUGUAAGACCUUAUAUGAGCACAGCCAUCAAAACUGGACUCAUCACUGGUAUAAUAGCUCUUGCAGAAGGAAUAGCAGUAGGAAGAAGCUUUGCAAUGUUCAAGAAUUACCAUAUUGAUGGCAAUAAAGAAAUGAUAGCUAUUGGCACCAUGAAUAUUUUUGGUUCACUAACCUCUUGCUACCUCACAACAGGACCGUUUUCUUGUUCGGCUGUGAAUUACAAUGCUGGUUGCAAAACUGCUGCAUCAAACAUUGUAAUGUCAAUAGCAGUGAUGUUGACAUUGUUAUUCCUAACACCUUUGUUCCAUUACACUCCUCUAGUGGUGUUAUCCGCCAUAAUCGUAUCUGCAAUGCUUGGACUCAUAGAUUAUCAAGCCGCAAUCCAUUUGUGGAAAAUCGAUAAAUUUGAUUUUCUAGUAUGUUUCAGUGCGUAUAUUGGAGUUGUCUUUGGCAGUGUUGAAAUUGGCUUAGUACUAGCAGUUGCAAUAUCUGUACUCAGAGUACUUUUAUUUAUAGCAAGGCCUAGAACAUUUGUUUUAGGAAACAUUCCGAAUUCAUCGGCAUACAGAAAUGUAGAACAUUAUCCAAAUGCACAUCAUGUUCCUGGAAUACUAAUUCUUGAAAUUGACGCGCCGAUUUACUUUGCAAAUGCAAGCUAUUUAAGAGAGAGGAUUACAAGGUGGAUUAAUGAAGAGGAAGAGAAAAUUAAAGGUGCAGGAAGUACUAGUUUGCAGUAUGUUAUAGUGGAUAUGACAGCUGUUGCGAACAUUGAUACAAGUGGAAUAAGCAUGCUUGAAGAGUUCAAGAAGACGGUCGACAGAAAAGGACUACAACUCGUUUUGGUCAAUCCGGGAAGCGAGGUGACGAAGAAGCUGAACAAAUCAAAGUUCCUAGAUGAAAUAGGACACAAAUGGGUUUAUGUGACAGUUGAAGAGGCUGUUGGAGUAUGCAGCAGCUUCAUGCUUCAUACACAAAAGGCUAACCCCAUGAAAGAUGAAUCAGAAGGUUUGAAUAAUGUGUGAGAAGAAACAUUGUUUA